CGGAGGCUCCGCCCUCUCGGCGCCCGCCAUGGAGGGGCGCGCGGGUGCCUCCUCCAAGUGGGACAUCCGGGAGAAGGUUUGGGAUCACCUGGAGAGCACCGGGCUGGCCGAGUUCCCGCGGCCCGUCCACCGCCGCAUCCCCAACUUCAAGGGCUGUCUCCAGGCCUGCUCCUCUAUCCAAGAGCUGGAUGUGUUCAUCAGAGCACGGGAGGUUAAGGUGGAUCCUGACAAACCUUUGGAAGGGGUUCGGCUGGCGGCCCUGCAGGCAAGGAAGACUUUGUUGGUUCCCACACCACGCCUGAGAACUGGGCUGUUCAAUAGGAUUGUUCCACCUCCAGGUGCAACUAAGGAAAUCCUGAGAAUAUGUGCCACGUCUCAGGGUGUAAAAGACUACAGUGUGCCCGUGGGGCUGGAUGGGAGAGCACGAGUGGACUUGGUUGUUGUAGGAUCAGUGGCUGUCUCCGAAAAAGGCUGGAGAAUUGGAAAAGGGGAAGGUUAUGCAGAUAUGGAAUAUGCAAUGAUGGUGUCAAUGGGUGCAGUGCAGGAGGAUACACCUGUAGUUACCAUUGUCCAUGAUUGUCAGGUGGUUGACAUAGAAGAAGAGCUUCUCGGUGAUCAUGAUUUAACUGUGGAUUAUAUCCUCACCCCAACAAGAAUUAUCAAGACUAAUUGCAAGCGAUCCAAACCUCAAGGAAUAAUAUGGCAUAAGGUCAGCUAUGAGAUGCUGGGGAAAAUCCCCAUCCUAAAGACUCUUCGAUACAGGGAGAAGCAGAUGGGCAAGGAUGUUGCUCUCCAAGAUGAACAUCCACACUUGGCAAACACCACCAGAGCAGCAGCAUUAAACAAGGAGAUGGCUGAAAAUACACAACCACAGGCUGCUACAGGCUCAGCUCAAAUGGGACAACACCAUGUUGAAAGUGAUCCUUUAAAUCCCAGAUUAGAGGGAUCUGGCACCAUUACUACUGUGUAUGUGGGGAACAUACCUCCCAGCCUGAGAGUGAGCGAGCUGAAAUGUGCUCUGAGGGAAUUCCAUGUGACUCCUUUCAGAUUGAAUUGGCAGGGAGCACAGCACAGGGCUUUUCUUGAUUACAAGGAUCAAGUAACUGCAGAGAGAGCUGUAUCCUCCUUGAAAGGCCUGAGCCUCGGGGGGAACGCUCUGCGAGUGGAGCUGGCCAAGAACCAGAAGAACAAAGGACAAGGAGAAGUCAAUAGUCAGAAAUGAGAAUUAAUAGAGGAGGAGGAAAAAAAAAAAAAAAGGCAUGUUUUCAUUGUUUUCUGAGAGAAACCAACCUAAGUUUUCAAGGUUAUCCUCUGGCCUCUGCAGGCCAGACAACACAGUGCAGAGCCAGCUUUGUGAACAAAUGAGGCCUCACUCCUGCACUUGGACGUGCAAAGGGGGGUUUGUCCAGACAGGUGACACAGGAGCCACUUCUCCAAACAGCUCCCCACAAAGUACCCCCACACUUUCUGUGUCUUUGUUUUUCACAGGCUGGUUUGUUCUGUGGUGUGUGCAUUUGUUAGGCCUGGAUGACAGACCUGCCCUGUGGUGGCUCUGUACAAGCCACAUGCAGCAAGGCAGUUGCAUUUGUCUCCAGUCAUCUAAAGGUUGGACCUGGAAAUUUAUACUUUAAAAGCCAGCAGCAGGAAAUCUGUCCUGAGGGUUACAGUUAUGUUCAUUAAAAAAAAGGGGGUUGCCUUGUGGGAGUUUUAAGUUUGUUUUUUAUAAAAAUUGCCAGGGGAGAGAUUGUCCUUUUUGUGCUUUUGAAGAAUGGCUGUGGAAACACUGGCUCAGCCAUGGAGUUCUGAUUAGAGCUGUUGAACAUCAGGUAGGAGAGGUUGUAGCUCUUUCCUCAGCUUUUUUGUCAACUUGGUGAACCUUACAUUUCUUAUUUCCAUGUGACAGAGCAAAGCAAAGACCAGUUUUCUGUGCUUUUCCUCAGAACUCUUCAGGUGUGUUUUUGAUGGAUCAGAUAAUUAUAAAACAGCUGCUUUUCCUGAUUGCUCUCUCUUCUAACGUGAUGUGAUUCUCUUGCCUCUGUGAAAUUACAUUAGUUAUUGCAGUGGCAGUGAAAAGCAGACAGACCAUGGUCAAAAGUUGUCAGUGUGGAAUUGUUUGGAAAACUGCUGGAGAUAAAAGCAAAGCCUGUUCCUCUGUGCCUUGGUCACCAGCAGCAUGGUCUUCCUGCCCCCACAACAUCAGUGACAAGGGUUACUGGCAACUCCUCCUGGUCAAAGUGCUCCCAGGACAGUAAGAUUUGCAAACACGUGGACACUGCCUUCCAGUGUAAGAGAAAAUGAUGAUUUAUUUAGUGUGGUUUUUAUUACUUUUUUUUUUCCUUUGGUUUCCUAUUCCUGAAAAACAAGUUGAAUUUUGGCCGAACCAUCCUCUCUAAACAGAAGCACUUUUGCCAGUGAUGCUGGGCACAUAGUCAAAGUAAGCAUCCAAAUGGAUAUUUUUUUUAAAGUAUGAGUUGGAAACUUUUUUUUUUUUUUUAAGCCAGACAGCACUGUUAAGUGUAUUUUAAGCACAUUAUUAUGCCUCAAGGGUCAGACAUUUCAUACAGUAUCAAAUAAAAAGUUCUCAUCAUUAUCAUGUGCCUGUGUAUGGAGGGGCUCAAGGAGAGCACUGGAGCUGCAGAGCUGGUCCAGCUCUGGGAUCCCAGCACAAUAAGGACAUGGAGCUGUUGGAGCAAGUCCAGAGGAGGCACCAAGAUGAUCAGAGGGAUGGAGCAUCUCUGCUGUGAGGAAAGGCUGAGGUAACUGGGAUAGUUCAACCUGGAAAAGAGAAGCUUUGGGAUGACCUAAUUGUGACCUUCUACAUGGAGGAUAACUCCUGCUCCAGAGGGACAGGGACUAUUUACACAGGCCUGGAGUGACAGGGCAAGGGGGGAUGGCUUCAAACUGACAGAGAGUAGGUUCACAUUAGAUAUUAGAGAGAAAUUCUUCCCUGUGAGGGUGGUGAGGCCCUGGCACAGGUUGCCCAGAGAAGCUGUGGCUCCCCCAUCCCUGGAAGUGUCCAAGGCCAGGUUGAAUGGAGCUCUGAGCAACCUGGUCUACUGGAAGGUGUUCCUGCCCAUGGCAGGGGAUUGGAACUGGACGAUCUUUAAGGUCCCUUCCAACCCAAACCAUUCUAUGAACUUCUUUUAAGGUCAACAAAAGAAAGGUUUCCAGAAAAAAAUAAAUCAUUCAGUGCUCUAAAAUGCUCCUUCUCCAGCUCAAAAUGAUUUCCAGUAUCAGUCUGAAUUGAAACAUCAGCCCUGUAGAGCCCUCUGUGUCUCAUUUCAUGUGCACGUCAAGGGUGAGAGUCAGGUUGUGUUACUACUAAAACACACCCACCCCAUCAUGAGCUUUGAAAGCAGAGGAAGGAAAAGCAAAAAGCUAAUUACACAUCACUGCCUGCCCCUUUCAAAUUAUGGCAAAUUAAGUAAUGGGAUCAUUUGAUCUUCCUUUUCACUCUGUGAGGCUUCUUGCUUUGGUGAAGAUGUGCAGGUGACCUUAGCAGUUAAAAGCCAGUUACUCUGCCAAUGCAAACUUAAAACAUCUCAAACUUCCCCUGUUGCAUUACAGAUAGAACCAGCCUGUUCUGGUCAAAUUUGUGGGAAUUACAUCCUCUCCCUUAUUUCUCUUCUUAACAUCUGUAGUUUCAGUGCAGAUAUGUUUAUGUGCUUUGUAAAUGUGUUAGGUUUGCUUGCUUUUCUGUCAGCACUGGGUACAAUCAGGGCAGGUUUUGUUUGGACAAACAAGUCUGGAUGUUUUUCUGUUUGCAGUUGUGGUUCUGGGUGAGCCCCACAGGUGAGCAGUGCUGGGUCGGUAUCCAGAGGAACAGACCUGGUUCUUUUCCAGCCUGUCACUUUUGUCUGUCCUGUAUUUCGAGGCCACAUCUCACAGGACUUACCUAAUACCCUGUUACUUUCCCAAUUGACAGUUAAACCCCAAACCACACUAUAGAGGAGAUAGUAACUAGACAGGUAUGCAACAGUUUGGACAUCAGGAAGAAUUUCUUCCUGGAAAGGGCUAUCAGGUAUUGGAAGGGGCUGCCCAGGGUGGAGUCCCCAUCCCUGGAGGUGUCCAAGGAAGGCCUGGACGUGGCACUCAGUGCUCUGGGCUGGGUGACAAGCUGGGGAAUCGGGUCACAGGUUGGACUCGAGGGCAUGGGAGGUCUUUUCCAACCUUUAUGAUUCUAUGAACUCUAUUUAGGCUCAGAGAAGAAAAAUAAUUACUAUAAGCUUAAGCUCAUGCUCCAUCAUUAGCAUUUUGAAUGGAGUGGAAUAAUGAUGCUGUUUUCCUUUUAGUUUUGAUCCAAGUUAUUGGUAAAUGUCAAGAUCUUUCAGGCUUUACCAUCCUAAAGUCAUUAAGUCACACUCUGAAGUCAGUGCAGUUUCUGCCUGGGACAGCCAGGGAAGCAGGGGCAAGGAUGAGGCUCUUCCUGCUGUUUGGGAAGUUGCUCAUCUUCAGCUAAAAGACAUUUCAGUGCAGGACACCAAAUUGCUAUUUAAUUAAAUAGCAUAAGAAUGCCCAAGGCACAGGCCUACACAGCCUUCUGGUGUCUUCAGCUGUGUGAUGUGGAUUUCUUCUUGUGGGCUGACCCAAGUUCCUCCUUGAGAAAACAGCAGAUCCUGUAGAAAAAGUGAAUGGGGCAGUCUGCAUCUCUUAGAUCUAUUGUUCCAAGCUCUCUGCAUGCUCAGGAAGGCAUCAGUUAGGGGAAAGUCAGAAGGGACUCAUGUUUAAGUCCACAAAACUCUGAAAUGCAAUAGAUUUUAUUGAGUCCUUUGGACUCUGAUCUCAUAAUAAAACUCGAACUGAAGCCUGCUUGUGUUUUACUUUGGCCCAGGCCAAGACUGUGCAAGAUACCAACAAUCAAACCAUAAAGUCCAUGCCCUGAGGAAUUUACUGUCUGAAUUAACAGACUUUUAAGAUGAGAAUAUUAAGUCAUAAUUCUUCAUUCUGUGCCUGCUCUAGCUGUGGCCCUGCUGUAGGUUGAGGUUGGCUGUGCCUACACAGAUAUAAAAUGUGCUUCAUUCAGGUGGACACUGGUCCAGUUUUACUGCUUAAGACUCACGAUAAAAACAUCAACAGUGGCAAAGUAAUGCCUGGAUGCUGCAGAAAAGCCUGAAAUGCUGGUGAUAGAUGUCUAGUCUGCUUCUAAUAGGGAGUGAAGUGAUCCCUAACACAGCCUUGAUUGAGCAGCAGCACAGCCUGUGUCUCACUGCUGUGUGAUGAGAAGAAAAGUUCAGCAGUACAAUGGGAAAUACUUUCCUGAGCCAACUUUGUUCAGAAGCAAUUAAAAAUGAGUUCUCUCUAUUCUCUGAUGUCCUCGCCUGUCAUGUGGUUCAGCACAUUCUUUCCAGCUCCUUUCAUGACACAAACAAGUUGGGACGUUGCUGCUGCUGCUGCAGCCCCUCGUUUGGAGGGUUCAGUGGGGGAAGAUGCUGAGCAGUUCCAGGGGCUGGUCCUGGUGUGAGUGAGCCCAGCUCAGCUCUCCUGGAGCUGGGAGGGCGUCGUGGGAUCCAGCAGCGACCACCCGAGGUGUCACAUCACGGACGUGACCUUCCCAGGGCGAUUCCGCCCUUCUUCUCGGAGAGGAUGAGGAAGGAAAACAGUAUGGGAUGAAUGGAGCCUCUACCAGCUCCACCAGGCUGGAGGACACGGUCACUUUGGAGGGGAUUUUCUUUUGUUGGAUGAUGCUAGUCACAGCGUGGUGUGUGGCACAGAGCAGUGAGGCAACAUUGUGAUCUGCUAACAAUAAAAGCGAGGUGGCUCGUUGCCACUCAGCGCUGCAAACUGUACAGGCAGGAGGGUUUUCCUUCACGCAGCUCUGUCCAUGCAUUUCCUGGAAGAGGGACAAGGCCACACAGCUUCAAUCCACAAAGACAACAGCGAGUAAACAAGCUGUGUUGCUGUGUAGUCUUUUCUGAGCGACAAGAGUCAGAGACUGUUUGUGUCCAUGAAGAAAAAAGGGGAAAAAAAAAUUCACUAUCAGGGUGAGAAGGGAGCAGAGCCUUUCCUGAGUCACAUCCAGAUCCCCAUCAGCCCUCCAGCAUCUCCGCAUCAGUCCCUGAUCCUCUCCAGGGCUUUAAGAACAGAGGCUUUAUCCCAUUAUCUGAGAAGACCAAUAAAACAUGUCAGAAAAGGGAUGGUUAAACACUGUCUUCAAGUCAUGCCUUUUUUUAAUGUGUUUUUUUAUUUCAUCAUCUUCUACUGCUCCAAAGGGAGAAACAAAUGGGUUUUAGGGGAAUGUCUCCAUUAAAAAAAUCUAGCACUGGGGCUGUGUUUUUCUCCACAGGGGUGAGGAGAGGGAGGAAAAGCAUGUGCAGGGAUUUCUCUCAUUCCGGUUCCUCAAGAGGAACAGCCCCUCGCAGCACUUCUGGCUCUGGAGGAAACAUCUGUGGCUGUGGCCAAGUUCCUCGGGCAAACACCCCUCAGUCAGGGGCAGGCUGUUGUGUACCAAAUGCUUUUAUUUCCUAGUUGCCAUCUAUUAAAGAUUAUCUCCCUGCAAGAAAAGUGCCCCAUUUCCCAUGUUUCCAUGUGUAAUGUCCGUGAUGUCUGCUGUAAACAUCGUGAAGCGUUUCCCUGCCCCUCCACUGACAUAGGUAGAAAAGGCACUGCUUUUCAUCUUUCAAAGCACUGCAGAAAUGUUUAGGGUCGUGUAUCCUGCCAUUGUUCUGGGCUGGGCAUCCCACUGAAGUCCCUGGGAGAAAUGAGUUCAGGAUAUGGAUCUAUCUAGUCAAUCUUUGCUGUGGCCCCAGUAACAUCCACGUUUUACAGAUGGGAAGGCGAGGACGGCGGAGAUGGCUCCUGAUAGACUGGAUGCGACUGGUGAUUCCCACCACUUUGGAAAACAAUAAGAAAACAGACCAGAAACUCAUCAGGAGCUCUCAAAAGAAAAAAAAAAAAAAAAAAAAAAAAAGAAAUAUACAACGAACCAAAUCCCAUAGCGUGGUAGUUCUUUGGAUAGGAUGUCCCAGUGGAGACCUUUGGUGUCGUGGUUACUCUGCCUUCACACACCAGUCAGAGCCUCUGGGGAGCUUUUAAUCCUGCAGGUCCCCUUGUUCCAGAGCUUUCCAGUCAAGGAGCCCAGCACCUAACACCCAACAAGGCCUCUCUCCAGGUCAGGGACAAGCCACAGCUCUUGCUCUGUGAGACAAGGCACAAAACAGAAAUGGAGAUACUUUUCCCAAAACGUGCCACCUUCAGAGGUCUCACAAGUUCCACAAGUGUGUUACGGUCCACCCAUCCCACUCAGGAACACGUGGAGCUAAACCAGGGGGGAUUUUCUUUGAGGAAUAAAGCAAACAUACAGGACUGUUAGAUGGGAUCAAAAAAAGGGCAGGGAAAGAAGGUAAACAUUCAUGAACUGAGGCAAAAACUGCCACAUUUUUAAGCAUUAGCGUAUCCAUUGCUGCC